AAAUUGAUAAACCAACGAGAAUCGACCUAUCUCAACGUAACCAUGCGAGGUAGUAAACUUCAUUCUGCAUUUGUUCGACGGCGCGAAAUUGAGCAAAUCAAAAUCGACAAAUCAGCUGCUGUCGACAAGUACUUCGACAAAUGGGGAAAGAUAACGUCUCGCUUCGAACAAUGGACAGCUCCCGAAUUUUAUAAGCAAGCCGACGAGGUGAACAAGCAACGCGAGCUGGACAAAAUCAAAAAUGAAUCGCUGGAAAGUCGCCGUGAAAAGCUGAAGAAAUUGCUGGAUGACGAGAAAGUUGAACAGGAAAUGCGCUUGAAAGAGCUCAAUCGUCCCCGUUCCAAGCAAUUAUCCUCUUCGAUGUUAACUAACAUACACGAGACAGUGAAGCGGACGGAGGAAGAGAAACGCCGCUUGGAACUUGAAUCCCGACUCUACAAAAAGUGGCGGAAUGGUUUUUGUCAAGACUCAAUAUUAUUGGAUUCGAAGUCAGACCAUGAAGCACUGGCAAAAAUGAAUUGGCUGGACAAACAGGUGGCUGAUCAAUUGGAACGUGAACAAGAAAAGCGCGAAAGUGAGAUCCGUCAAUUACGACUUCAAGAGGAAGCCAGGAAGCACGAAGAAUGUUUAAUGCAACGCAGAAAUAAGCGUGAUGACGAAAUCAGCGACCUAAAGUCCUUUCAAAACAAACACAUCAGCGAGAUCAAAGCGCGUCAAAAGGAGAGCGACGAUCUCCGAUCCAAUGAGAUGAAAUUGAUGCAACGGAAAGAGGACAUUGCCAGCGAAUUCGAAAAGCUGAAUUCAGUGUCAAGACAACGAAAGGAUCGCAUCAGUUGUCCGUUCAAUUUGCGGCGAAUCAAAAUGAUAUUGCGUCAACGAUCUGACUCGAUUCGUCAGGACUUGAAGGAUGAUAUAGACAUGUUGAACAGGAUUAGCUACGGCUAUGAAAACGAACAGAUUGCCUUGUUGAAGGAGAAAUUCGAACUGCAUUAUGAUAUGGAAAUUCAGAAGCAAACUCAAAUCGAGGCAAUGUACGAGUCAGAAGCGAAACAUGCACUCGCCCAGCAGGAAGAAUUGUGGAAUCAAGAAGCUGAUGGACGGGAAAAACUUUUGAAGAAAUUAAUUUCGGAACAACUGAAGAACAUUGACGACGAAAUCGAAUACAACAUCAAGCGGCAACGUGAGUUGAUCGAGAUCAAGGAACAACAUUUGGCAGCUAUUGAGAACUGUAGCAUGCGACUCAAAGAAUUGUUGAAUGAACAGAGUAGAGACGAGAGUAGAUCGUCUUCUAGGCUAUCUCUGAAUGAUGCUGCACCGGCGGGCAAGAAUGUUCUGCAUGAUAAAUUUGAUGCUCUACAAAUCAGUGCUCCAAAAUUUGGACGGAAAAAAGUUGCAUGGACGUAGGCUAAGAAUUUAUUUUAUUGAUGUAGCGAAGAUUGAAUGAUUAAAUGACACAGAGUGUUUGUUUGC